AAGCAGUAACGGUUGGUAGUAACAGGGAAAGUGGUAAAGAAGAGAACGUCGAGAUUAGAUAACGAAUUGUGGCGCUAAACUCUGUUUAGGUGUUUGGUUCUUGUUACCUUGCGCUGAGUCGGUUGAGCGAACGACGGCACGGCACGUCAUGGCCUCCACCAAUUAUUCCUCCUCUGCGCCUCCCACUUCCUCCUUCUUCGUCUCUUCCUCUUUCACCACCAAACGCCCUCCCUUUUUCUUUGCACCAACCUCCUUUAAAUUCAAUGCCCCCACUGCUUCUGAUUCUAAUUCUUCUUCCUCGUCUUCGUCACUCUCUUCUACUCGUCGGUGGUUCAAUCCCCUGCGACGUAGAAAAUUUGAUCAGCCUCCCCAAAUUGAGCGCCACUGGGUUGAGGCUCCUCAUCAACCUCUCGCUUCCUCAGAAAGGUUCAGUGUGGCUUCUUACAACAUACUUGCGGACAGAAACGCUUCUCAGCACAGAGAUCUGUAUGUAAAUGUUCCUUCAUAUUACGUCAAUUGGGAUCGUCGUAAGAGAGUUAUUUGCAAGGAACUCUUAGGAUGGGAUACUGACAUUAUCUGUUUACAAGAGGUGGACAAGUAUAUUGAACUCUCAAACAUUCUAGUUAAAGCAGGAUAUACAGGAUCGUACAAGAAACGCACUGGAGACACAGCUGAUGGUUGUGCAAUGUUUUGGAAAGCUGAUAAGUUCCGGUUAUUAGAAUCAGAGAGCAUUCAAUUUAAGGACAUGGGCCUUCGUGAUAAUGUUGCUCAACUUUUAGUUUUUGAGAUGUGUGAAUUUGAUUCAAGAAGGCUGCUAGUUGGUAACAUCCACGUACUUUAUAACCCAAACAGGGGAGAAGUUAAAUUAGGCCAAAUUCGGUUUCUCUUAGCAAGAGCAAAGGCUCUCUCAGAGAAAUGGGGUAAUUCCCCUAUUGUGCUAGCUGGUGAUUUUAAUAGUACUCCUCAGAGUGGAAUAUACAAGUUUUUAUCAUCAUCUGAGCUUAAUAUUAUGUUACAUGACAGAAAGGAAUUAUCUGGACAAAAACGUUGCCGUCCUGCUCAAGUUUUAGGCAAGAAAAAAGAAACUGUUGGUCCAUUUAUCUUAUUGGAUGGAUUGUUAAACUGCUGGACAGAUGAAGAGGUAAAAGUUGCAACGGGUGAUUCUGGGUGUCAUUCAGCUGUGCAUCCAUUGAAGCUGAAUAGUUCCUAUGCUACAAUUGAUGGUUCAACUAGUACACGGGGAUUCAACGGUGAACCCUUUGCUACUUCCUACCACUCAAAGUUUCUUGGUACCGUAGAUUAUUUAUGGUACUCAGACGGUAUUUUGCCUACAAGAGUUCUUGAUACCGUUUCAAUUGGUGAUCUUGUGAGGACAGGUGGUCUCCCAUGCAAGAAAGUGGGAAGCGACCAUUUGGCCUUGGUUUCUGAGUUUUCCUUCUUAGAUGCCAACAAUACAUCUACAGAAAUAGUUGCAGCAUCAGCAUCACCUAGACUAGAUAAUGAAGAACAGGACAAGUUGCAGUCAUAAUAUCGUAGAGAACAGCUCGGCAUUGACUGGAAUUUCGCCACCUUGUGUAUACUGUUUCUCUAAUUUUCUUGGUUUGAAAUUAGUUGAAUUUGGUUGUAACCUAGGUAAAGUCAAAGCUCAAGUCAAUGGUAAGAAUUAUUCACUGUAACACAUAAUAUGCAUUCACAAUUGAGGAGCUUUCUUUGGUGGAAAAGUAUAUUUAAUUAUUUACACUC